GUUACCGGGCAACGCCUCCUGGCCGUUUCCCCGGCAACGCGCUGCAGUCAGCUACCGUCUCCGCGAUGGACGCGCCGUCGGGCGCCUGGCCCCGCCGGCCUCGCGACCGCCUUGGCGCGCCGUCCUCGGGGGCGCGGGCUCCAGCGACGCCCUGGGCGCGCUUCUCGGCCUGGCUGGAGUGCGUGUGCGUGGUCACCUUCGACCUGGAGCUGGGACAGGCGCUGGAGCUGGUGUACCCUAGUGACUUCCGGCUCACGGACAAGGAGAAAAGCAGCAUCUGCUACCUGUCCUUUCCUGACUCCCACUCAGGCUGCCUCGGGGACACGCAGUUCAGCUUCCGAAUCCGUCAGUGUGGAGGGCGGAGGAGCCCCCGGCCCACCGACGACAGGCACUACGACCGCGCGGCCCCCGUGUCCCUGCAGAGGGAGUCCGCACACUACUUCGGCUACGUGUACUUCCGGCAGGUGAAGGACAGCUCCGUGAAGAGGGGCUACUUCCAGAAGUCUCUGGUGCUGGUGUCCCGCCUGCCCUUCACCCGGCUGUUCCAGGCGCUGCUGAGCCUGAUCGCCCCCGAGUACUUUGACAAGCUGGCGCCCUGCCUGGAAGCAGUGUGCAGUGAGAUUGACCAGUGGCCGGCCCCGGUGCCUGGGCAGACCCUGAACCUGCCAGUCAUGGGCGUCGUCCUGCAGGUACACGUCCCAUCCAGGGUGGACAAGCCCGAAGCCAGUCCUCUGAAGCAGUGUGGCCAAGAGGUGGGGCCCCUCCUGGGCUAGUGGACGGCACCUGCAUCCACCCACUACCUGCCUGGACCUCCCCACCCCCCUGCCAGGAGCCCGGUGGGAUGGCCAGACCCCAGGCAAAGCCAGGGGCU